UACCAGACAAAAUGGAUGAUCCUCAUUAUUACAAGGCAGUGGAAAAAUUCAUGAUACAUAGACCGUAUGAUUUUGCUAGGAUAUCAUCACCAUGCAUGCAGAAUGAUCGAUGUUCAAAACACUUUCCAAAGAAGUAUGUACAGGUGACCACAAUUGAUGAAGAUGGAUAUUCGAUUUAUAAAAGAAGGAAGGAUGGUAGAACUAUCAAAAGAGAAGGUAUUCAUUUGGAUUACAGGUAUGUGGUACCACAUAAUAGGUAUUUGUUAUUAAAGUACGGUGCACAUAUUAAUGUUGAAUGGUGCAAUCAAGCAAAAUCAAUAAAAUACCUAUUUAAGUACAUAAAUAAAGGAAAUGAUAGUGUAACCGCAGCUUUUACACAAAGUGUGCAUGAGAAAGAUUUAAUAAAUGUUGAUGAAAUUAAAAUGUAUUAUGAUUGUCGAUAUAUUUCUCCGUGUGAAGCUGCUUGGAGAAUUUUUGGAUUUCCAAUUCACCAUAGAGAACCUUCUGUUGAAAGGCUUUCUUUCCAUCUACCUAAUGAACAACCUAUUAUUUUCUCUGAUAAUGAUCCAAUUGAUGUUGUUGUUAAUAAACCAAGUGUAAGAGAAUCACAAUUUUUAAGUUGGCUUGAAGCGAAUAAGUCAAAUGAAAAAGCAAAACAUUUAACUUAUGAAGAAUUAACUCUAAAAUUUGUGUGGAAUAAAAAAUUAAAAGAGUGGAAAGAAAGAGAUAAUUCUUCAGUUUCUAUUGGUAGAAUAUUUUUUGUACCACCAGGUAGUGGAGAGUUAUAUUAUCUUAGAAUGUUGGUGAACAUCAUUAGAGGUCCGAAGUGUUAUGAAGAUCUACGUACAGUGAACAAUACAGUUCAUCUAACAUUUAGAGAUGCAUGUUACGCAUUGGGUUUAUUAGAUGAUGACAAAGAGUAUGUGGAGGCAAUAAAGGAGGCAAGUAACUGGGGAAUGUCGUCUUAUCUAAGGCAGUUAUUUGUUAUGCUUUUGUUAUCCAAUUCAAUGUCUCGGCCAGAAUUUGUUUGGGAGGCUAUAUGGCUUUUACUAUCCGACGAUAUCCUACAUGAAAUACGACGAGUGCUGGACAAUCCAGGUGUUCAGCUAACAAAUGAUGAACUUAAAAAUUGUUGUCUGCAAAAGUUGGAAAAAUUAUUAAAAGAUUGUGGAAGUAGUUUGCAACAUUUCCCAACAAUGCCAAAACCAACUAAUAAUGCAGAACAAGUUGAUGUUAUCAAUAGACUAAUCCUUGAGGAACUACGUUACAAUAAAAGCUCUUUGUUUGAUGGACAUGAAGAUCUUCUAAAUAGAUUAACGGAGGAGCAAAGGUCAGUUUAUGAAAGAAUCAUAACGUCAGUGAAGUGCAACAAAGGAGAUUUUUUCUUUUUAUAUGGUCAUGGAGGAACUGGGAAGACUUUUAUUUGGAGGACUUUAUCUUCAGCAGUAUGAUCUAAAGGAGACAUAGUCUUAAAGUUGCGUUAAGCGGGAUUGCAUCACUUUUAUUACCUGGAGGUCGAACAACACAUUCAAGAUUUGCUAUCUCACUCAUGCGACUGAAGAUUAUACAUGUAAUAUAAAGUAGGGCAGUCCUCUUGCAAGUUUGAUUGUGAAGACAAAGUUAAUUAUUUGGUAGGAGGCACCAAUGAUGCAUAGAUAUUAUUUUGAAGCUCUUGACAAAACUUUAGGAGAUAUUCUUAGAUUUGAAGAUGUGUCUAAUUUAGAUCAGCCAUUUGGAGGUAAAAAAAUUGAUCUUGGCGGUGACUUUAGACAAAUUCUACCGGUCAUUACGAAAGGUAACAGACAAGAUAUUGUAAAUGCUACCCUCUAUUCUUCAUAUUUGUGGGUUGACUGUCAUUUACUAAAGCUAACAAAGAAUAUGAAGUUAGAAGGUAAUCAUGAAUCAGAUUUGAAUGAUCAGACAGAAUUUGCUGAUUGGAUUUUAGCAGUUGGAGAUGGAAUGAUUGGUAAUUUUGUUGAUGGAAUUGGAAAAGUUCCUAUACAUAAUGAUGUUCUUAUUAGUGAUUGUGGAGAUCCUAUUUCUGCCAUUGUCAACAGUACAUAACCAGAUUUUUAUUAACAUUGCAGUAAUGUAACAUACCUUCAGAAAAGAGCAAUUCUUGCUCUUACUCUUGACAUGGUAGAAUCAAUCAAUGAGUAGAUGGUAUCACUCAAUCAACGUGAAGGAACAACCUUCUUCAGUUCAAAUACAAUAUGUCUUUCAGAAGAUACAUUUACAGAAUUGGAACAAGUACAUACUCCUGAAUUCCUAAAUACUAUAAAAUGCUCCGGAAUACCAAAUCAUGCCAUCACUUUAAAAGUUGGUGUACCCGUAAUGUUAUUGAGAAAUAUAGAUCAAUUUUCAGGGCUUUGUAAUGGAACAAGAUUAAUUAUCACAAGAAUUGGAAAUUGGGUUAUCGAGGCAAAAGUCUUAUCAGGACAUAUGAUUGGACAAAAGGUUUUCAUACCUAGAAUGUCACUGACUCUAUCUGAUUUAAGAAUACCCUUUAAGUUUCAAAGAAGACAGUUUCCAAUAGUUGUAUCAUUUGCCAUGACUAUCAAUAAGAGCCAAGGACAUUCUUUAUCUCAGGUUGGGCUAUAUUUGAAGAAAGCAGUGUUCACACAUGGCCAGUUAUAUGUUGCACUAUCACGGGUGACAUGAAGACAAGGAUAAAAGAUUGUGACUUAUGAUGAUGACGGACAAGUUUCAAAGGAAGCAACUAAUGUAGUGUUCAAAGAAGUUUACCGUAAUUUGAGUGUAGAACAAAGCUAAUCUGAUCCAAAGGGCAUAACAGGGUCAACUAUAUCAUCAAUUUGUUGAGGGUUAGACUUAGCUUUUUUAAUCAGUCAUAUAGAUAAUAAAAGUUAUUUUUUACUAUAGUAAGUAUAUAACAGAAGUUAUUUAUUAUGUAAGUAUUUUAUGACUGUUUAGCCUUUUCGUUUAUUCUCUUUGUACGUUUUAUUCAAGUAUUAAAAUAAAUUUUUUUAUAGAA